GAGCAGGUUCCUCUCUCCUCUUCCUCCUGAAGUCAACGACCAGUUCUUUUGUCUUUGAUGGGUUGAGUACCAGGUUGUUUUUGGUACACCAGACAGUCAGUUUUUGGACUUCAUCCCUGUAGGCAGACUCGUCGUUGUUGUUUAUCAGUCCCACCACAGUCGUGUCGUCCGCAAACUUGAUGAUCCUGUUUGUACUGUGUGUUGAUAUACAGUCAUAAGUAUAUAUUGUAUACAAGAUGGGACUCAGCACACAACCUUGUGGCGCUCAUGAGCUGAGCGUCAGGACUGGGGAGUAAUUGGACCCCAUCCUGACAGUCUGUGGGUGGUCUGUUAAAAAGUCCUUAAUCCAUCCGCAUGUGUUUGCAUUAACACCCAGAUCAGACAGUUUGUCCACCAUUCUGCUGGGGAUGAUGGUAUUAAAUGCAGAACUAAAAUCUACAAAUAACAUCCUCACAUAUGAGCCAGGACGCUCCAGAUGUGUCAGUGCAGAAUGUAGAGCUAUGUUGAUGGCAUCCUCCGUUAACCUAUUAGCUCUAUAUGCAAUCUGAUGCUGAUCCAGGGUGGAUGGGAGUGAGGACUUAAUGUGGGCCAGGACCAGCCGUUCAAAACACUUCAUCACCGUUAAAGUGAGAGCAACAGGUCUAUAGUCAUUCAAGCUGGUAAUGGAUGUUUUUUUGGGUACAGGCAUGAUGGUAGCAGUUUUAAAGCAUUUAGGGACAAUGCAGAAUUAAUUCAAAGAUAGACACAGGAAGGAACUGCAGAUGCUGGAAAAUCGAAGGUAGACAAAACUUGACCCCAUACAUUUCCAUGUGAAAGACAGAGUGUGCUCUCUCUGUGCUAUGGGUCAAGAACCUUGAGGGUCAAAGUAAGACUGAAUUUCAUCAAAAGUAAGGCAUUAUUAACUUACUUUUGAUGAAAUUCAGCGAGCAAACGGGAUAAUUCCAGAUAUUUUGGAUCUUAAAAUCACCACGGCAAUUGUCAGCUGUUCACUUCCGCCACUUUCUACCUUCAGUUCCCUCUUGUAAUUACCUCACUUUCUAUCUUUUUUUUGCCUGAAAAUUUAGGUCGCUGUGCUUCACGGUCACCCCGACUAGCACAGAAAAUUUCAGCUCAAAAAUCGGCCGUUUUCCAUGUUUUUAACGGGUGGGAAAGUGCGUGUUUCCCCAUUCACUUACAUGUACCAAACUGAGAGAUGUCCUCCAGUUAAAAUUUUCGGUCACGUGAGGGGGGGAUCUACGCUCAUUUGACCUUUGGUGAAAUCACCCUAUAGACCUGCAUGUCUUUUGGGAUGUGAGAGAAAACAGGAGCACUCGGUGGAAACGAUAGAUGAAGAACGUGCAAACUCCACGCAGACAGCAUCCGACACCAGGACUGAGCGCGGGCUCGAGCGCCGAGGUAACGGCUUUUAGCGCGAUACCGGUCACAGGCUGGUACAUGAAGGGGGAAAGAGGUCUGAACUAUGGUAGUAUUCCAGUCACACGCUGCAUUCCUCGGCAGAGCACACCACUGCGCGCUAUUGGAAUGCAGCCAGCGUCCCGUCAGGCCGGGCUCUGAACACAAUGUCCCGUCCCGUUCACCAACACCGGGAAUCCCAACGUUAUGUGUGGCUGGGCGCACGCUGGCCCGCGGCUUCGAGCGGAAAACCCAGGUACCCCCCAAACCCAUGUUCCUGAAACCGGCAGUUCGUGGUCCCACUAAUGAAAUCCAGAUGUGGUUUCGUUGGCUCCCACGGCUUCCUGGCUCGCUGCUCGUACACUGAAACGCCUUCCUCUGCAUCCAGCUGCACCGCUCUUCGCAAGCGCCGGCAGCUUGUCACCUGGCGUCCCGCGGCUCGCUGUCUCAUGCCCAGCGCUCAGAUGUGACUGAAUAAAAUAAACAUACCCCAUAGUCAGCCUGUGAACUAGACCUGGGCAACAUCAUUGAAGAGUUGGUCUGUGAAUUUCAGAACCGCACCCAGAGGCAGCACGUGAAUCCCAACCCUGUACAAAACCAACCAGUGAACAUCAACCAAAAAUAACUGGCCUGUGAACUCCAGCCAGUAUAAAACCAAACAAGAUCAGUUUGUGAAUCCCAGUACUGUACAAAACCAGUCCGUGAACCUCAACCCUGUAUAAAAUCAGCCGAUAUAAACGAACUCUGUAUAAAGCAGUCCCUGAAACGCCACCCUGUAUAAAAGCAGAAAGAACCCCCACCCUGUGUAGAACGGCCCGUGAUAUCAGCACAGACUUACUCCACUGUGACCUGUAAAAUUCAGUGGCGCACAAUUGUUCUGAAGAUCAAUUGGUGCCCAUCUAGCCGUCGGCCAGCUUUCCAGGAAUAGCCCGUACCUCCGGGGAUCAUGAGACUGAGAAGGAAGGGUGAUCUCAUCUGCACUGUUCUCCUGCUUUCUGCACUUUGCAUUCUGCUUUACUUCCAAAUGCAGUCUGUAAGUCAGUGGGCGGACGAACAAAAAGGUGACGGGGUAUCAGGCACUGAACGGCCCAUUACGGUGCAAACCGCGGAGGCGGUAAGUCAAAUACCCUCUCCUAGUGCAGGGUCAUCGGUGGAGAACAUCUGCCGGCUCGGCCAGGGUGUGGAGAGAGGGUCAGUUCAGGCGGCAACACUUCCAACCGCAGACCCGUUACCCUGGAGCUACCGCCAGUACCUCUGGCAGAAAGACUGCCGCGAGUUCAGUCAGAUCAUCAACCAGGUGGACAAGUGCCGGAAGGUGAACGGGGAGCCGCUCCUGCUGGUCUCCAUCAAGUCCAAGGUGGAGGAGUUUGAACGGCGGGAGGUGGCCCGCAACACCUGGGCCCGCGAAGGCCGAGUCCACGGGCUGCAUGUCCGCCGGCUCUUCCUCUUGGCCACCCCCGCCAACCAGAGCGCCCUGGCCUCCUGGAGGCGCCUGGUGCAACUCGAGAGCCAGGUCUACCGCGACAUCUUGCUCUGGGACUUCCAGGACACCUUCUUCAACCUGACGCUGAAGGAGAUCCACUUCCUCAAAUGGCUCGACCAGUUCUGUCCCGCCGCCGAGUUCGUCUUCAAGGGAGACGACGAUGUCUUCGUCAACAUGGAGAACAUUGCCGACUUCUUGCUGGGCGUCAACCCCAAGGCGGACCUGUUCGUUGGGCACAUUAUUUCCCAGGCGCUCCCCAUCAGGUCCAACAGGAGUAAGUACUACAUCCCCGAGAUGAUGUACGGCUCGGGGGUUUACCCGGUGUACGCGGGCGGCGGAGGCUUCAUCAUGAGCGGGCACACGGCCAGGAGGCUCUAUGGCGCCAGCAAGGAGGUCGACCUCUUCCCCAUCGACGACGUCUUCCUGGGCAUGUGUUUGCUCCGGAUAGGCCUCACGCCGCAAACCCACAAAGGGUUCCGGACCUUCGGUAUCGUGCGGCCUUCCGCCGCCCCGCACCUGCAGACCUUCGACCCUUGCUUCUACCGGGAGCUGAUGGUGGUGCACAGCCUGAAGGUGCCCGAGGUGUGGCUGAUGUGGAGCCUGCUCCACGACCCAGGCCUCACCUGCGCUCGUAAAAUGUCGGCCCGGCGCCCGUUCCGCUGGAGGGCCAAGAAGAAGGCGACACCCGGCCCUGCAAGGAAAGCGAAGCACUGACGGCGGGGUGGAGGGUGGGGGAUCUCUCCCGCCUCAAGUAGACAGGGGUGGGGAGUCUCUCCCACCCGGAGAGAAACGGGGAGGGGUUUCUCCCGCCUCAAGAGACCC